CAGCUAGAGAGCCGCGUUUCCCGUGAGCCCGCGGGCGCUCGAGGACUACGACUCCCGGCAUGCUUCGAGGCCGCUGGAGUUAACCCUUCGGGGCCCGCAGCCUCCUCCCAGCGCCCCGCCUCCGCCCUUACCUGGACCCCGCAGGAGAUGGGUGCCCCCAUCGGCACACUGUCCUUUGGCCACCGGACAUCAUGCCUCCCAAGAAGGAUGUUCCCAUGAAGAAACCAGCGGGACCCUCUAUUGCCAAGCCUGCUGCCAAACCAGCAGCAGGGGCCCCUCCAGCCAAGACCAAGGCUGAGCCAGCUCCAGCUGCCCCUCCCGCCCCUCAGAAAACCCAGGAGCCCCCCAUCGAUCUCUCCAAAGUGGUGAUCGAGUUUAACAAGGAUCAGCUGGAGGAGUUCAAGGAGGCCUUUGAGCUGUUUGAUCGAGUAGGGGAUGGCAAGAUCCUGUACGGUCAGUGUGGGGAUGUGAUGAGGGCCCUGGGCCAGAACCCCACCAACGCCGAGGUGCUCAGGGUCCUGGGGAACCCCAAGAGUGAUGAGCUGAAGUCCCGGCGUGUGGACUUUGAGACUUUCCUGCCCAUGCUCCAGGCCGUAGCCAAAAACCGGGACCAAGGCUCAUAUGAGGACUACCUGGAGGGGCUUCGGGUGUUUGACAAAGAGGGGAACGGCAAAGUCAUGGGAGCAGAGCUCAGACAUGUCCUCACCACCCUGGGAGAGAGGAUGACUGAAGAGGAGGUGGAGACUGUUCUGGCAGGACACGAGGACAGCAAUGGCUGCAUCAACUAUGAAGCCUUCCUGAAGCACAUCCUAAGCGUCUGAGCUCUCCAGAUGCAGCGGGGUCGGACACUGCCCCCCUUCCCCGGCAGGCGGAAGCACGUUCCUGCCACUAGGAGGCCACCUCUUGUUUCAAAAUAAAGAGACGAUUCCUCCCUA